AGUGCAGAUAGUUUUCUGACAGUAACCCCAAACCGUCAGUCUUUGAAUGAAAGUAGUCCUGGAUUACCCCAAAUUCAACAACCUAUAAUGUCGAUGGAAGACGAUGAUAUGAGUGAUCAAGAAGUGGGUCAACUCGAAGAUCAUGGGCCAUUUAAAUCUUUAUCUAGAUUAUGGGAACACCAUGCGCAUCUUUCUGUUUUUAUUAAUUACGUUCUAUCGAAUAGUGAUCCUUCAAGUUUGUUAUUCUACUUAGUAACAGACUUGUAUAAGGAAGGUAAUGCUAAGGAAAUGAGAAAAUGGGCAUACGAAAUUCAUUCUAGCUUUUUAGUACCUGGUGCUCCUCUACGGCUUAAUAACGUAGACGAGAAUGUAGCACGCGAAAUAGAUGACGUUCUUUUACGAGAAUCUGAUAAGGAAGAAAUACUGCGUAAGAUAUUUUGGAAGGCUCGAACAAGAGCGAAGGAAGAAUUGAAUGAGCAGUUAGCAGACUUCCAACAAAAAAGGACAGCAGGUCUUGGGAUGCUAUUUGGGCCAAGUGACGCUCAGCUUGAUGAAAGCGAGUCUGAUAAAUCUAAAGAAACUAAAAUUAUAGAGACUUAUCUCCUGCCCAAGAUGGACCCGUAUUUAGAAGACAUUGAAAAAGAUCAAUUGGAUCUACGUCAAUUUACGACUGCAGCUGGCUUAGCAACGAUAUUAACUAAAAUAUUUCAAGUACGAUCGGUAUCGCUUGAUCGUGUGCCUACUUUCGUAGCUAAGGACAAAUCAAACAUUAAAGCCCGUUUACUUACCGGUAAAACUAGAAAAAUGGCAGUAAGAGGUCAUCAUUUUGGAGCACAUCAAUAUUUUACUGUUACGUAUUGUAAUCAUUGUCAACUUAUUAUCGGUGGAAUCGGUCCGCAAGGAUACCAAUGCAAUGAUUGCUCCCUAAGUGUUCACCGUCAAUGUGUUCGUGUAGUCGAGGAAAGUUGUCCAGGACCAUUGCCACGUAAGGAGCGUGGUAAUGAUCGUAUCAGCAAACUUAUGGACCGUAUAAGACCAGAAAGAAAACCGCCAUCGUCUCAUCAUCACCACCACUCACCAAAUCAAAUGCAUCUAAACAAUAAAUUAUUUUCAGUCGAACGUUCAAAACGUCUUGAGGAGGAAAAUUUAUUGGGAGACUGCGAAAAUGGAGAGCAUCGCGGGGGCGGUGCAAGCGGAAACACCCGUGGUAGUGUUGAAAGAGGACGUAUUUCCGGUUACGGCGAUCAUCUCGAUAGUAUGGACGAUCCUUCUUCACGAGAAGAUAUCUCUGAAAUGGUGCAGCAAAAUAUUUCCAGUAAACCAAAGACGUCAAACAUAAAUCGGUCUGAAAGUUACAAAGAGCGUAUACAUCAUAAGCGACAACUUCGUGAAAAGCGAAAGACCAGCGAUCCAAAUCUGUCGAAAACAAAUGACUGUGAGGCGACAGUUGCAUUCCCCGGUAAUUCUGCUGGAAGUUCAUCAAAUAGUAGCCUAUCAACACGAAGUCUAGAUAGCCCAAGUACUAGUUUAGAACAAGUUCACCCAGCAAAUGCUGGUCAUCACACAUCUAACUCGUGGGAUAGUGACGUUGAUGUCGAACCAGAUCCACCGGAUUGGAGCCAUGGAGUUGCUGAAGAGGUUCUAAGUAAUCUCAGUAACUCUGAAAAGAAAAGACAAGAAGUUAUUAAUGAAUUAUUCCACACGGAAAGGUCACACGUACGCGCUCUAAAAGUACUUUCAUACGUCUUCCACAAGCCAUUACUUGAGUCCCAAGUUCUUCCAUUGGACCAAGUGCAAUUAUUGUUCUCAAACCUAGACGAAAUGGUGACUAUCCACUCGCGUUUUAAUCAAGCAAUGAAACGUAAGAAAAAAGAAAAUCCAUGUGUGGGUGAUGUUGGUGAGUUAAUACUAGAAAUGUUUGAUGGUGAAAAUGGGGAGGCAUUUGAACGUGCUGCCUCGACAUACUGUGCUAAACAACAAGUCGCAUUGGACGCAUUGCGUGAUAGACGUCGUAAAGACCCAAAGCUUAAUUCGUUUUUAAAUGAGAUUGAAGCGAAUCCUCUGUGUAGACGACUGCAGCUUAAAGAUCACAUUCUGACAGGUAUGCUCAGAUUAACAAAAUAUCCAUUGCUAUUUGAGAACUUGGCUAAGUACACACCCAAUAGCUGUGAAAAAGAGAAAGCAGCGGUAUUGCGUGCUGUUGAGCGCAGUAAAGAGAUACUCAGCCUAGUAAAUCAAGCUGUGCGUGAAGCUGAAGAUUGUCAACGGUUAACCGAGAUACUGCGAAUGAUUGACAGAUCUGCUUUCGACAAAUUCGAUCACCCAGCAGUCCAAGAGUUUAAAAAUCUAGAUAUUACUAAGCGUAAUUUAAUAUUCGAGGGUCCCUUACAGUGGCGCAUCGUUAGUCGCCCGAAGCCUGUUGAUUUACACGUUGUGUUACUCGACGACACGAUACUCCUACUUCACCGACAGGACGACAAGUAUAUAUUGAAAUUCACCAGCACCAAUCCAGCUAACUCUGUGUUGAGUCCUAUUUUCAAGAUGUCUACAGUACUUGUCAGAAAUAAUGCCGUCGACAAAAAUUCACUCUUCUUAGUCAACACGUCACAAAAGGGAGCACAAAUUUACGAUUUAGUCGCGUCGUCGCCUGCUGAACGUAAGUUGUGGUGUAAGCACAUAUCAGAAGCCGCUGAAGCCUAUAAAACACGUAACCUUGAGGGUAGAAGACCAUCACCGCCUACUGUCUUGAACGAAGAGCCAUCUCCGCCGCCAGAAGUCCCGCUUAACAUGGACGCGAAUGCACCUGAUAAAAAAGAGUCUGAUAAAGCUGCAACACAAGAGUCUGCAACAAAAGAUAACGAUGUUCAGAAAGAACAGAGUCCAAUAAGUACUGAGACAACGACAACAAACACGCAGCCUGAAGAACCUCCCGAGACUCCGGCGACUGAGGAGUCUCCGAAAUCAAAGCUCGAAGAACCUUCGCAAUCAGAUCAGAAUCAAGAUCAACAACCACCGCCUCAACAACAGCAGCCAUCAUCGUCAGGUCCGUCUUCAGGAAUCGGAGAAUCUAUGAGACUAGUUACUUGCACACAGUGUUCACUUAUUGAUCCUGUUGAAGUACACGCAGAAGUACGGCCAGUACAUGUCGCUGAGCCAGUUCUCACCCCGAUUGAAUCGCUAAGACGGAAAGACGAAGUAAUAAAACAAGCACUCGAGGAAAAACAGUCACUGGUCGCGGAUAUUUUGAAUAUCCCGAAGGAAGAUUUCGAGCAUGUCGCUGAUAUCGCGUCUGAGCCUUCAGCUGUCGAGAAAGAACCUGCUGAAUUGAUACUCGCAGCUAUUAGCCAAGCUAACCAGUUGGUCGGUAUACUUAACUCGGCGUUGGCUGUUACGGAAACAGAAGCUGUUUUGGCUACACGGGGCACUAAUGCUACUGCUAGUACUGGUUGUGACGCUGCGGGAUGCCCCGUUCCACGGUCACAUCCACAUCCACACCAGCCUGUGAUUCCUGUUGUAACUCUACAACCUAUUUGCCAUUCCCUUACAACACAACUUUCACAGCUUUUGAAAAUCGUGAAAGAACGAGAUGAGGAGCGGGAUAGAUUGCGUAAAGAGUUACGACGAAGCAGAGAACGGCUUCAUGCAAUCGAUGCUGAUGCACAACGUAAAGAUAGAGAGCAGUAUCAGUUUUCUACCAGUACCACUCAAACACCGACAGAUCUGGGGGAUCACAUUUCCGCAGAUGCCACUGAAGAUAUUAAUAAAGAAGAAUUCGUCGAUGCAUGUGGUGAUCCAGACGUCGAAUUAGAAACGAAUGAUAACAAGAAAAAUACAACAGCAACAGAAAUGAUGGGCGAUAGUGUUGGUUGAUAAUAUAAUAUUACUAAUUAAAAUCUAAAUUAAUUUAAAAAUAAUAUUACUAAUUAUUAUUUUGUCCACUUGGUGCAUUUGUAGAGCGUUUAUUAUGAUGUUCAGUUUUAAAUAGUAACGCUCGUACUGAAUAUGCGAAUGGAAAUCAAAAAAAAAAUAUAAUGCUGAUAAUUAAAAAUAAUAAUUAAUUAACUAGCAAGCUAUUUGAUAUAAAUGUGUUAUCCAAACACAUAAAAUUGUUAAAUAUCAAAUUUUUUUCUUUGCUGAAAAACGAUUAAAAAUUAAUUUUUAAUGAUACCUUUAUUCCAAGGAUUUUAUGUAAAUAGAUCGAUUUAUUAUUAUUAAUAUUUUUUUCACUCUUUAUUAUUAUUAGACUUUUGUUGUCGUGAAUUUAUAUACGCUAUUUUUUGACACGGUAUCAAGUCACAUCAUUGACUCAACAAUUGAAUUUUUUUGUAACGAAGAUAUUUAUAAAUACGUAAGAUUUUUUAAUACAGUAAAAAUAUAUCAAUUUAAAAUUUUUGCUAUAAUAUUCAUAUUUAAUUAGGAAGAAAAAACUGAUUUUAAAUCAGCGAAUGUAAUUGAAGGAGAAU